AUGUCCUCCUUGUCACCGCCAUCACCAAGAACAUUUGAUCGCAAUCGGAGUGACUCUGUUUCCAGUAGUGCAAGCUCCACCAAUACAACAACUCCCUUCGCAUCGUCAUCAUCAUCAUUACUCAAUCCUCCUCCUCCUCCUCCAACAACAACAACAACAACAACAACAAUUACUACAACGAAAAAGAAAAAAUCUUCUCGAAAAUUGUCUUCCUCUUCGAAAACUGCUGCCAAUCAUAGAAAUGGAACCACAUCAUUGGAAUUUGCGGAAUCUUUGCCCCACAUGUCAAAAUCGACGACAAGUAGUUCUAUUCGAGUAGAACAUUAUCAUCAACAACCUCACGACUCGAAUCGUUAUGAAAAUAUUCGAAUUAAUGAAGUUCAACCCUUACUUCAUCAAGUAGAAAUGGAAAUGAAUCAAUUAAGAAUGACAAGAACUCAAUUUAAAUUAAGCUGUAAUUUGGUAUUGAAUAUUAUGAUCUUUAUUUUGAAUAUGGUGUUUUUGUGUUUAUUGAGUUGUGUGUUGGCGUAUGUCUUGUCACCAAUUUAUGUGAAUCAUGACGUUCAUGAAUUUCAAGUGGGAGGAUCAAAUUCAGUAGAUUCUUCGAAUGGAAUUAUUCCAUUUUCAGCUGUUUCAGUGGAUGGAAAUGGACAUGUGUAUCAGGGAUUUGGAAUGGGAUUUUCUUAUUCGAGUGUUCAAACAAAUUACUCGCAAGAGGUGACAGGCCAAUUUCGAACUGUUUCGUUUUAUCCUCAUUUUGAUUCUAUUCUUGUAGUGAGACCAGAAUAUCAAAAUAAUAUCAAUGUGACAUUUUCUGAUAUUCAUUCGAAAUCAUUCAAUAAUGGUAUUGUCAUCUUGUCAAGUUGGAUUCUAAAAGGAGGCAAACAAUAUGUACAACCCAUUUACAUUUUCAAAAACAUGACAUUUAUUCCACAAACCAUUGAUCAAGUAUUCAUUCAUUGCAUUCAUCAUGUGGAAGAAUCUCAACAAACAGUCAUGAUGAUUCAUGUGAAAAAUACGGAAACGAAAGAAUUAUUUCUCUAUUUAUUGAUUGGUCAGAUCGAGAACGAGACGUCACAUGUUUUUCAAUCGGAUCCAAUUUUAAUUUAUAAUUACACAUUUCCAUCUUGGCAACAUUCUGUUGAAGAAGAAUUAGCAUGGAGCAAUGAAAGAAUUUUAGCAAGCUCUUCGAUGGCGAUCAUUCUUAAAGAUUCUCAGAAACAAGUUGGAGUUGUUUCACAUCGAUUCGAUGACAAUACGUGUCGAUAUUAUUUAUUUGAUUUACAAACACAACUAGAGGCGAUCGAUUCAUUCAAGGGAUCUCCUUCUUCCUCUCCUUUCACUUCAAAUGGUGAACCUUCUCGAGUUAAAAUUUCACAACUCACUUUACAACAAGGAAUUUCGUGUUACUCGGUCGAUCUAACCACUCUUCACAUGGAAGAAAAAUAUUCAAGUCGUGACGAUAGAUAUUCAAGUAGUGACCAACAAACUUUGCAAACUUUAUCACUCAUUGCCACUGAAUCGGUGGCUAUUUUAUUGAAUGGCAUUCAAAUUUAUUCCACACAACCCAUUCCAACAUGUCGUAAAGGUUAUCAAUUUUCAGAAUUGUCGAAUGGAUACAAACCUGAUCUCAAUAUACAAGUUAGAAAUAUUUUAGGUGGAAAAUUUAUUUUCUCAUGUUUGAAUAAUCAUGAUGGAUCUGUUUCCAUGCUCUAUGGACAAAUCGUGACAACGACAAAUAAUUAUGAAAUUAUGACAGGAACUAGUUUUUCAACAGUCAUUCCUGGACGUGUCACGAAUGCAUGGCUCGUGCAUUCCACGAAAAACGUUCUCGAGCCAGGUGUCAGAGAAUAUGAUGUCUUUCUGACGUAUGAAUAUUUGGAAGACAAUAUGAACUCUUUGGACGUGCUGACAAUGCAACACUGUUCCUCAAAGUCUUCCGAACAAAAAGUGUCUCCACCAAUGAAAUCUUUUUAUACCAUCAAAUGUACCACACCCACACAAACUCUCUCACAUGAUGAGUAUCCAGUGUGCUCGACACCGUUCAAGCAUCUCUCCUUUUCACCACAAACUCUUCAAUACGACAUUAGCUCAAUAGCCAAAUUUGGAGUGUUGUUUACAACAUUGAGUUCAACAAAUUUGUCACCCACCGCCAUGCAUGCAAAUUUACAACAUCCAAAAUCCAAGAACAGCAACAACAACAACAACCUUCACCAAUUAGACAACAAAUAUUUCGUUCUAUCAACAGAAUUAUCAAAUUGGCAAGGAGGAUAUAAAUGGAUUGGAAUUUGCAUUUCUUCAGGAUCCUCAUUUGGAACUGUCAAAGUGGCUCAAAGAGGUCUUGUCACAUUCUCGAAUAUGCAACAAGAAUUAAUCGAAGGAUCUUCCUAUUAUGCAAAUAUUGACGGAAGUAUCACAAGGAAAACAACACCUUGGUAUAUUGGAUAUGCAUUGACGAAAAAACAAUUGUACAUUGAUUCGAGUUUUGUAAAAUAG